AAUAGCUAGCCUGCGUUGCGUCGAUAACAGUGACGCCGUGCAAAAAUCAAAUACGUUUGGACGAGUUGAGAGCUAUCGCUAGGAUCAACUAGGGCAGAAGUUGAAACGGUCUAUGAUCAUUUGAAAGGAAAACAAUGUACAUGUAGGGGCAGAUAGAAAUAAACUGAUAAAUGACAAGAGUUUAUUCACGCACCAAGAAUGCAACAAGGGGUGCAUCUGAAGAUCUGAAGCAUGAAGAGAAUGUCGCGACUGACGACAUUCUGUAGAGAAGGCUUGAACAGGCAUGAUCGCUACCCAAACUUUCUGUCCAGAGAUCCUAACCUCUCUAUAGCUAUCCCACCGCAAGACUUUCCAGUUGAGACCUCACGAUUUUCACCCGAAUCGCCACCGCUUCUGCCUAUUCCUUCGCGUGCUGGGUCGAUGUGGACGACUGCGACUACAAUGAGGUCCCCCACGCCCAAAGCAAAGGACGUGGAAGCAAACAGACCUCAGUCCCCGCAGAAGUCGCCAUCUAGCCCAAGUUCUAUAUUUUGCGCACGCUUUACGAAGUUAUUCUUUGAUGUCAGGACACUUAUGAAGGACAGGGACGUGGAACUGGUCCCUAUUCAGCCCGCGCAUCUACCUCCCUGGCAGCCGCUUAACGUAGAGAAACGAUCCUGUUGUCAAGAUUGCCUAUGCCAUCGCCCGAAGGAACGGUCACGACGCUACAAGCUGCUCAUUUGCUUACUGGUGAUCAUUAUCCUAUAUCUUCUGGGCAAUGUGUCAUUCCUCAACGCUCGCGUCAUUAAAUUGUCUUCUUCGUCCACGUCGACAGACAAACGUACCGCUUCGACAUCGAAGACGUUAUCUGCAGACGCUCAGGAGUGUCUGUCGCAGUAUAACGUCAAUGCGCCUUCUGAUCCAUCUGGCUACCCUUGCUCAUCAUGUCUUCCUGUAUUGCAAAGCGUUCCCUCCGACUUCUCAGACGGAAAUGCCACGGAUACUGAGCAAAUCCAGAACGCUAUCCAAUUCUGCGGUUUGCGUGCAUUCUUCGAGACUAUGGAUAAUGAUGGACAGACGGCGUUGCGGAACGGGCAGUGGGUGGAGAACGUGAGAUUCUGUGCUUGGAGUGGCGUUUCAUGCGACGGAGCCGGUCGGGUUGGCGCAUUGACCUUGAGUUUCCCUGCCGUUCCCGCUACUUUGCCCAACGAAAUUGGUGCACUGAAUGGUCUCACGAGCUUGCAUAUUAUCGGCAACGGUAAUAUACCUGGUGGUUCUCUACCCAGUUCAUUCACCUCGUUAAAAGCAAUGACCUUGCUUCAUUUGGAGUCGACUGCAAUUACUGCCUUACCCGAUAACUUAUUCUCGUCGCUCGAUCAAGUAACCACUUUGGAAUUGGUUAAGAACGGCCAGAUGGGCGAUGAUUUGCCCUCCAGCAUCACUAGCCUGCCCCUCCAGAACUUGAUCAUCAACGGACAGAACCUCAAUAAUCCCCUCCAAACUCUUUCGUCAAGCUCUUCAUUGCAAAGGUACCUACAGCUGCUUGACCUCUCCUCCACAUCUCUCUCGGGCAUCAUUCCAUCUUCCAUAUACUCAUUUUCCUCUCUCCUCGAACUUCAUCUCGACUCCAAUAAUCUCACAAACCCUCUUCCUUCAUCUUUCCCAUCCUCAUUGGCCGCCUUGACGUUGUCGAACAACUCAGGGCUUUCAGGAUCUGUACAAGGAUCGUUCUGCUCUUUAGGGAAGUUGCAGAAUUGUGAGAUGAGCGGGACAGGGUUGACGGCCGCUGGCGGCUGUGGAGUUUGUAGAUUCUCUUGAAUCUUUGAAGGACUGUUCCUUUCUAUGCUCCUUAACCCUUUCACUGUAUUUCGUUCUGACCUUGCACUGCUGUUUUAUGCUCGUUACGCUCCGGACGAUGAUACCUUUGUAGCAAAUAGCUUUUCCCAUCACGAAGUAUUUAUGCCCACAUGACUACAUAUACAAUACCGUAGAUAGUCUGUUGCUUGCCUAGUGGACAGUGAACAUCUCACCAUUCAAUAUAUACAGUAUUCAACACUU